UCAAAAAAGAACACACCCACAAUAGUAUUGAGCCGCCCCUGGCUCAUGCUCUUGUAACUUCACUUAUGACAACUCUGGAGCAAGUCUUAAAAUUCAAUCCAAGUUUGGUUUCUGAAAAUAGGACACCCCUUGAUUCUCUUUUUUGUAAAACUUUCUUGCUUGCAAACUUUCCUUGAGGAUAAUAUGGGAAAUAGGAUCAAUGAUCAAGAAUCGUUGACUUUUUUGGAGAAGAAAAUUAGAGAUGCAGUUUAUAAAGUAGAAAUUACAGUUGAAUUGUGCCUAAGAAGAAUCCAUGUGGCUGAUACUGAAGACAAUCGAAACACUGCUCGUUCUAAGCUUUGUGAUGAGUUGGAGCAAAUAACAAAAGAGAUGGAUUCCAUACAAGGAGAGGUGUUGAAGUUCAAGAAUGACCAUCAAAAUAUCAAAGGUUUGCCAGCAACAAUUUCUUUACCUCUCCGCUCACCGCCGCAUACUAUCUUAGAUGAUGAAAACACUCUUGUUGGGAUGGAAGAUGAAUUCAACAGCAUAAGAGAUCAACUCAUCGGACAGACAUCAGAACUGAAUGUAGUCUCAAUCGUUGGUAUGGGUGGUAUUGGUGAUAUAUGUAUAAAGAAGGCUAAAGAGCAGUGUAUAACUGAGGAACAUAGCUUCAGGAUCGAACCCAGGCAGGGACAGCCUGAAUGUAAAUCCAAACGUCCCAGCCUUCCCAAUGUGAUUACCAAAUUAUGCAAUUACUCACGUUUUCUGGGAUUCGAUAGUAGUAGUAGUCUAAUUGCCAGUUCAGUUAAAACAAACAACUGUGAUGAGCUUCAUUUGGAUUAA